AUGGCUGAUGUGAUGCACUGUUGGUGCCAACACUCGGUGCUCCCAGGUGGCUCUGCUGGGACCAUACGGGAGAAGUUGGAGCAAAGCUUACAGGAGCUGAAGGUGAUACGUAGCAGACUGGUUUCAUCGAGUGCAGCACUGAUGCAUGCUUCUGUGUUUCCAUACUAUGUCAUUUACCAAGAAUUUAAAUUAUUUUUUUUGUGCAUGUAUAUUUUUGUUUCAGCCUUUAAUCUGGACAAUGAACAGCCAGAUUACGAUAUGGACUCUGAGGAUGAAACCUUACUGAACAGACUGAAUCGGAAGAUGGAAAUCAAGCCGCUGCAGUUUGAAAUAAUGGUUGACAGACUUGAAAAAGCCAGUUCUAGUCAGCUUGUAACGCUUCAGGAAGCUAAGUUGCUGCUAAAUGAGGAUGACUACCUUAUUAAGGCUGUAUAUGACUACUGGGUAAGAAAGCGUAAGAAUUGCAGAGGGCCAUCUCUCAUCCCCCAAAUCAAACAAGAAAAGAGGGAUGGCUCCACCAACAAUGACCCUUAUGUUGCCUUCCGGAGGAGAACUGAGAAGAUGCAGACAAGAAAGAAUCGAAAGAAUGAUGAAGCGUCUUAUGAGAAGAUGUUGAAAUUAAGAAGAGAGUUUAGCAGAGCCAUAACAAUUUUAGAGAUGAUUAAGAGAAGAGAGAAAACAAAACGCGAGCUAUUGCAUUUAACAUUAGAAGUUGUUGAGAAAAGGUACCAUUUGGGUGAUUAUGGAGGUGAAAUCCUCAAUGAAGUGAAGCUUCAUAGACCUGAAAAAGAGAUGAGCACAACUCCAUCCGCUCUUCAUAAUGGAAAUCACCACAAAGUUCAAGAAUGUAAAGUUAAGCAUCCUCAUCAUUCAUCUCUGAAGGAGGAGGUGUCAGAUGUUGUACGUCAAAAGAAGAAGUAUCUAAAGAAACCUAAAAUAGAGUGUGUAGUAACUCCUCAACAGCCCUCUGCUGAGCCCUUGCCUGUUAUCAGCAAGAGUGAUAUUAAACAGUAUGACUUCCACAGUUCAGAUGAAGAUGAGUUCCUGCAGGUACCCUCACCAGUAUCGGAAGCAGAAGAAGAAAAUGAUCCUGAUGGACCUUGUGCUUUCCGGAGAAGAGCAGGAUGCCAGUAUUAUGCUCCUCGUUUGGACCAAACUAAUUCUUCAUAUGAAAACUCAGAAUUGGCAGAAUUGGACAAACUGAGGUUCCGGCAUUGCCUUACAACCCUUACGAUUCCAAGAAGAUGUAUAGGAUUUGCAAGAAGACGAAUUGGCAGGGGUGGAAGGGUUAUAAUGGACCGAAUAACCACAGAACAUGAUCCUGUCUUGAAACAGAUUGACCCGGAAAUGCUGAACGCUUUUUCAAGCUCUUCCCAGACUUUAGACUUUUCUUCUAAUUUUUCACGGACCAAUGCUUCCAAUAAACGUUGUGAAAACAGACUGUCCCUUUCUGAAAUACUAAGCAAUAUCAGAUCAUGUCGAUUGCAGUGUUUUCAGCCAAGGCUACUCAAUCUACAGGACAGCGAUAGUGAAGAAUGUACCUCAAGGAAACCAGGGCAGACUGUGAAUAAUAGAAGAGUCUCUGCAGCAUCUGUAGCUUUAUUGAACACCAGCAAGAAUGGCAUAUCAG